AUGUCAUCGAUUAGAUUGAUUGAUUCUGAAGAACGAAUAAUUCGUCAAACUCAUAAUGAAGAGAUAGUAUAUAACAGCUAUUGUAAGUAUGCGGGGAGGAUCGAAAAAAGUAUAACUAGUUAUGUAUUUAAAGUAACUAGUGAAAGUGGACAAGUCAUGGCUGUUAAGAAGGUUUGCCAAAACAAGCAUAACGAACUCAGUUCUCAUCUUUUGAAUGAGAUUAAGAUUCUUCAAUUUCUUAGAGGUCAUAAUAAUAUUGUUAAACUUUUGGACUUAGAUUAUGUCUAUAACUCAAUUUCCGAUAGUCAUCAAUUAUACAUGUAUCAACAUGUAAUGGGUAAUUCUCUAAACCAUAUUAAAGGAGAAUUAAAUGAUCAACAUUUUCAAAGGAUAAUGUAUCAAUUAGUUUGCGGUUUGAAUUACAUUCAUUCAGCUAAAAUUAUUCAUGGUAAUUUAAAUCCAGGUAAUAUUCUUAUAGAUUCUGAGUGUAAUGUUUCUAUCACAGGUUUUGGUUCUGCUAUGCCACCGGAUUCGAGAUUUAUUAUACCUUCGUUGCAAAGAAAUUUGAAGAGUAAAUAUAAAAGAUUUAUGGCACCUGAAUUUAUUUUAGUUUCAAAUACAAUUUCAGAAGCCAUUGAUAUGUGGUCACUUGGAUGUAUAUUAUUGGAAUUGUUAAACAAUAGAAGUCCUUUAUUUUAUGAAACUGUUGAAGUUAUGGAUCUUAUGGAAUCAAUACUAAAGUAUGUUGAAGCACCAAGUGAAUCUUUCAUUAACAAUGUUUCAAGACCUGGGUUAAGAGUUUCAUUAAGAAAUUUGAUUGAUUGUGAAAGAAAUUAUUUUGCCGAUUUAUUUGAAGAUGACAAUAAACUUGCUGUCGAAUUGCUUGAAGACUUAUUAAUACUUGAACCAAAACAGAGAUUAACGGCCAAAGAAGCUUUAUCUCAUGAAUAUUUUGAUGAUCAAAAAGAUGAACAUUCAAUUUCAAAUGAAAGAGAUUCUAUUUUUGAAUUUAAAUUUACAUCACCAUAUUCUAGUGUGUGUAAACAUGUUGAAAGGGAUUCUAAUUAUGUGUUUCAAGAGUCAACUGAGAGAUUUCAGUCUUGUUAUAAUUGUGAUAUAGAUGCUUCAAUUGUACAGAAUGUUAAAGAUUUCAGAUAUCAUGUUCGAAAAUAUCCCGAAGGUGCAAAUAAUCAAAGAUUACAAUUAGAGUUUGCCAGUAAUCAUUUAGAUGUAUCAGACCUCAGUCUGGAUGAAUUUGAAGAAUGUUCCAGUGACCCAAAAGAUCUGAAAUCUAACAGUGACAGUCAGUUAACUGUUAGUACCGUAAAUAGCUUUUGUGUUGAAGAAAGUAACUUGGGUAGUAGUGGUACUCCCUUUAGCAGUGAUUUAUCUCCUCCAACAGAUGUACUUGAAGAUGGUGGAAUUGAUCCUGAAAGCAUUAUUCACUUCAAAGAGGAUGAUACAGACAGCAAUUAUAAUUUCUAUCUCGGAGGCAUUGCAUUUUAG